AUGCUUGAUAGAAAUCUUGAUAAUUCGGAUACAGUUUUUAAUGAAGACCAAGAACUUAAAGAAGAAAUUAAACUCAUGGAUGAGUCUGAAAUACUUGACAUCAGAUUAGAAAUAAAAAUUAAUCAAAAAAAAAUUAAUAACCUACAAAUUUGUGAUAAUAUAAUUGAUAAUAUAAGAAUUGUAUUAUUUAAUGCACUGAAUCAGUACUAUAAAUAUCUAAUCCAUGAAGCCCUUUUUGCAACACUUCUUGAUCCUAAACAAGAAUUAAUACUAAUAAAUAUAAUGCAAACAGAUGAUUAUGAAGAAGAAGAAAAUAUGUUAUUAGCUGCUAUUGAUAAAAUAGCUAAUAAUUAA